AUGGCCGUCCCAGAUGGCGCGUUUCCGCGCAAGAGAGCCGCUGGCCGGGCAAAAUCGUCCAGAAAAUGGAAACGGGCACGUGCCCGAGAUGAUGAUGGAUCGGAUACCGAUCAAACUGGAGAGUCAGACUCGGAUCCCCCUGAUUACGCCUCUUAUGAGGAAGGGGUUUCCGGCGAUGAGGCGGAGUUUGACGCUUCGGCGCUUCCGCCGG